UGGACCGCAGGCGCCUCCAGUCGAGGACACGUAGUCGCGUUGGUUGCGUGUCUGCGCGGUCGCACGGAGUGUGCUCGCGACUCGUUGCGCGUCCGUCCGUGUCUCGCCUCGAAUUCACCGUUCGGCUCUCCGUGCCGCGAACCGCCCGGCAGUGCCCUGGACGAGCGAUCCGGUGCUCGGACGAGCCACGAGGGAAGCUGGACGGGGGUCGCGUCUCGUCUGUCCGGACCGUGUGGACAGGCUCGUCCGGUACCUGCUGGGAGAACCGUCGCGUCGGAGUCCGCGGCUGCCUGGGAAGCGGAUCCGAGCGUGGUCGGCCAGCUGAUCGACCCGGUGGGUCCACGGGAUCCCGAUGGGCUCGCGGCACCGCCGCGGCACCUCGUGCACGCGACCUUCCUCGGGAUAGUUCGGUGAACGGGCCAGCGACCGCCUAUCCACCUGUCCGUCUCCGCACCCGAUCGCCUGGCCACCUGGCCACCUGGCCUAGCUCUGCCCCCGCACGCGGAUGUACUGGUGCAAAGUGUUUGUGCGCGGCGUACGCAACGCUGGUCCAGCCACGCAGCCUGUGACCACGGAUCAAAGAUAGAACUGAAGCUCCGCGAGAGCGAGACACCCGAGGGAGGACGAGCAACGGUUCCAAGGAGCGAUGAUCGCGCGGACAAAUGAGCACCUCGGCUCAGCGUUCGGGAUAUUCCAAAGAUGUGAGGAAUGAUCACGUGGGUGAUGGUCGGGCUGCUCCUGGCUGCGGAAACUUGCGGCAGAAACGUCCUAUCCGGAAACGGGAACGGGAACGAGAACGGUAACGGUAACGGAAAGGAGGAGACGCAGCCUGGCGACGGUCUCAAAGGACUCACCGGCGACGAGGAAGACGUCUACCGUGGGUACCAAGGUCUAACGUGCUACACUUGCGUCAACGUCAGCGAUAACCAGAUGUGCAACGAAUGGGCGAUAGACACGCCGUGUCCGGCGGCCGGCCGGGACUUCUGCAGAUCGCUGCACAUUUUGGACAGCAAAGGAAACAGCGUCUUGGUGAGCAAGAGCUGCGCGAGCAGCGAGGAAUGCGGCCCGGCAUCGGUGGGUUGCGUGCCGGUGGACACGCAGCAGGUGUGCAUCAGCUGCUGCGACCUGAGCUACUGCAACAUCGACUCGCCGACAAACUCGACGAACGCGAUCUUCUCGCGGAGACGCCGCGCCAAGCCGAAGCCGAAGCGCAAACGACCCGGCAGGAACGGGGUCGGGGGCAGGUUCGGGUCGCAGGGCACAGGGGCCUUAUGGCUGCUGGCCUCGCUGUUCUAUGCAUAUCACUGCUGAGGAAGCGGCGGCGCGGAAGAACCGUUUAGGAGACGAAGACGGAAGACGGAAGUCGGGAGACGGAACGAGGGACAAGGAACGGGAGCAGACGGCUCGGGAUUAGUCAGAUUCGCAGCUUUUUCGGUCCCGUGGCAGCGAAUCCGCUCGAGGCCUCGCGAGGCGCAGCCGGCCGACUGAUCGACCAAGUUUAUCCUAUUCUCUCUUCGUUCCUCCUAAUCGCCUGUGUACGGUGUCCGUGUUUUCAUUGUUCAGAUCCGGAGAUUCGUGAUUCCCGACACACAUAUCUUGAGAUUAGGCUCGCGGCAGGACCUCGUUCGAAUUUUCGCUGCAUCUCUCCCUUCCUCCUUCUUCUCCCCUCUCUUCUCAUCUCCUUUUGUAUCUGUAUUUCAUCCAUCCUCUCUCUCUCUCUCUCACUUGCUCUUUCUAUUUCGCCCAACGUCUAGUCGACGCUCCAAGAGAUAAAUUGCGAAUCGCCGACGGAGCGUACCUAAUUAUUACACGACGGUGAUGUAUUUCAGCGGCGUAAGGUAGCCAAGUUAAGAACCGUAUUGUCUUUCCCGCUCUCGUUAAUGGGAACCCGACACCCGACGAAUCCAACGGAUAAUCGAUGGGUUCUAAAGGCUGUUGGGGGAGGAGCGUUUGGGACCGGGUUGAUGCACGAGACACUAUGGUUUUACGAAAUUUCGGGGCCGCUCUCUCUCUCUCUCUCUCUCUCUCUCUCUCUCUCUUUCUCUAUCUCUCUCUAUCUCGGUGUGUGUCUCUCGGUGAUGGAAAAAGGAAUUGUUCUCAUCUAGUAGCGACGAAGUAGUGAGCUUGGUAGUGCGAACGGCGUCUGCGGUCUGGGCUCGCGACUCGACGCUUUCGCUGCUACUUCAUUUUCGGUUUUCCUGUUCUGGACUUUGGAUUCUGGUCACUGGGUAUCUGGACGCUAGAUUCUAGGUUCUUAAAGUCCAGGCCCUGGAAUCUCACCGUAGAAUCUAGACUCCAUGGUCCAGAGCUUCGACAAAGCUCUACAGUUUCUGUAUCGUUGCAUGGAAAUCUAACUACCGAUUUAGUUCAGCCCA